AUGGACACGACAGAAGGCAUUACAUUAGACUCGAGGAAGGUCGCCAAUGUGUUGGAAUGGCCAAGUCCUCGACAUGGUAAGGACAUCCAACGAUUUUUGGGGAUCGUUAAUUACUUCCGAGACCACAUUCCAAAUGUGUCACGUUUAACCGCCCCACUCGACGCUUUACGACAUGCUGGUAGCUUAAACAAUACAUGGAACAAACAUCACGAGGAUGCUUUUUACAAAAUAAAGUAUGCGGUAUCACAUGCACCUACGCUUAGGCAUGUUGACCUUCGCUUACCAUUUCACCUAGCAACGGAUGCCUCUAAUGACGGCACCGGUGCGGUUUUAUAUCAGAAGUACAAUGAUCAUAACAACAUCGUGGGCUUCAUGGCUCGCGCCUUAAGCAAAUCUGAACGAAAUUACUCUGUAACGAAACGUGAACUUCUGGCUGUUGUAUUUGCUCUCAAGAAGUUCCAUAAAUACUUAUGGGGAAACCCAUUUACCUUAUACAUGGACCAUAAGGCCUUGGUCUAUUUGAAUACACAAAAGGAUCCUAACCCGAUGAUGAUUCAUUGGCUGGGCACAUUGCUUGACUAUACAUUCACCGUGGUAUACUUACCUGGUAUUUCCAACAUUCUCCCAGACCAUUUGUCGCGUCUCUUUUCUCCUCCUAGUCGCACGCUGGCAGGGGGUAAGACAUACCACUCUAAGACUACAAAUCAUAAUGAAGACAACAUGAUAAUGCGGGCAACGCAUUUAGAUGACAUGAUGCAACCUCCAGAGGAGGAACGUCAUACCAUACCGGAUUUCCCGAAAGACGUGGAACAUGAGGUUAAUGAUUUCGUGGUUAAGGUGAUUGCUUUCGUGGGUGAUGAUUAUUUGUUCGUGGCUAAUGACAAGUGA